AUGGCGCUCGUUAUGCGGAAGGCUGGCCUGGCCACGGCGCUGCCCGUGCGCUCAAGCCGGAGGAUGCUGGUUGUGCGCAACACCGGCGGCGAGCGCACCAACCUGAAUGAGGUCGGCCUCAACAGCGUUGCUGACACCACCGUGCGCAACAACCUCAUGGGCAAGUCCCGCUUCAUGGAGAAGAAGGGCUGGGUCGAUGCCCAGGGCCGCAAGGGCAAGGGCAUCGGCGUGUACCGCUUUGCCAACAAGUACGGCGCCAACGUGGAUGGCUACAGCCCCAUCUACACCCCCGACCGCUGGACCGAGAGCGGUGACUCUUACAAGCUUGGCACCAAGGGCCUCAUCGCCUGGGCCGGCCUUGUGGUGGUGCUCCUCGGCAUCGGGGCGAACCUGAUCAUCUCCACCAGCCAGCUGGGCGCCUAA